GUUGAGGAAUUCACUUGCUAUGGAUCUUAACAACUCUGAAAUGUCUGAACAAUCUUUGGAACAAGGAACUGAUGCCAUAAUGGAGGAGAAAUCAACCAAAUUCACCUCAAUCAAAGACUCGUCUUCUUCUGAAAGGAUAAUCCAACGCCUUCCUGAAGAGCUGUUAACAGUUGACAAGAAGGACCAAACCACAGAGAAGGGUCUUUUGGUUGUUGAAUCACAUGCGGCCGUAGAUGAAAAUCUUGGAAUGGAAGCUGAGAAGCAGAUAGCAGAGGAUCAAUCUCCAACUUCUCUGAUUCUGAAAUUUUCAGACAUAGAUUCAUCUCCAUCAGUGGAAGAACUGAAUAAGGUAUUUAGCCUCUAUGGUCCUUUGGUUACACAAGGGACUGAAGUGUUCAAAAAGAGCAUCCAGGCCAAGGUAGUUUUUAAAAGACGAACAGAUGCAGGAACAGCUUUCAGCAGUUUUGGAAAAUACAGCAUAUUCAGACCAUCACUCGAUAGUUACCGCCUCAAGCGAUUGGCUUCUGCACCAACUAAAGCUUUGCAAGGUGGUCGUAAGAAGAGGAAAGUGUUGGAUGAAACAUGUGGAGAUUAAAACGCUACUUUUGAUGCCCAGAGGUUAGGUUAGGUAUUCACAGAGAUAUGUUUGAACUUGUAAAUGCUUUUGUUUUAUGAGGUUAUUAUACAUGCAGGUUGUAUUAGGUGAAAAUGAAGGGGGUCAAACAGUGGGCAUAGCUAUCAAAUUCCUAGUGAAAGUGGGUUAAUUUAUAUG